GAAGAGUCGACCAUUUUCGACUUCCGGAUUUCUUUUCGUGCCGUCGCCCGGACCGCGCAGCGCGUGAGCCGUCAACACGGUCCAAAUUCCUCCUUCAUAAUCAGACAUUAUCUUAAUUCAAGAUGCCUCCAAAGAAGGGAGGAGACGGACCGAAGCCACCGCCUAUCAUCGGACGAUUCGGGACCUCGCUUAAAAUCGGGAUCGUCGGAUUACCGAACGUGGGUAAAUCGACCUUCUUCAACGUGCUGACAAAGAGUCAGGCAGCGGCGGAGAAUUUUCCCUUCUGCACCAUCGACCCGAACGAGAGUCGCGUGCCAAUUCCAGAUGAGCGCUACGACUUUCUAUGCCAGUAUCACAAGCCUGCCAGUAAGGUCCCAGCCUUUCUGAAUGUAGUGGACAUCGCCGGGCUGGUGAAGGGAGCUCACGCAGGACAGGGUUUGGGAAACGCCUUUCUCUCGCACAUCAGCGCCUGUGAUUCAAUUUUUCACAUGACACGAGCAUUUGAGGAUGAAGACAUCAUCCAUGUGGAGGGCUGCGUGGACCCCGUUAGGGACAUCGAGAUCAUCCACGAGGAGCUCAGGAUGAAAGACGAGGAGAUGAUCGGGCCAAUCAUAGACAAGCUGGAGAAAACGGCUGUGAGGGGCGGAGACAAGAAACUCAAGCCUGAAUAUGACAUCAUGUGUAAAAUCAAGUCAUGGGUGGUCGACGAGAAAAAACACGUUCGAUACCACGAAUGGAACGACAAAGAGAUCGAGGUGCUGAAUAAAUAUCUCUUCCUGACGUCCAAGCCGAUGAUUUACCUGGUGAAUCUCUCUGAGAAAGAUUACAUCAGGAAAAAGAACAAAUGGCUGGUAAAGAUUAAGGAGUGGGUAGACGCACACGACCCCGGUGCUCUCGUCAUCCCCUUCAGCGGAGGUUUCGAGAGCAGAUACCAGGACAUGAGCGAUGAGGAGAAACAGCAGUUCUGCAAGGAAAAUAAAACCCAGAGCGUGUUGACCAAGAUCAUAAAGAGCGGCUACGCAGCACUGCAGCUGGAGUAUUUCUUUACUGCGGGACCUGAUGAAGUACGCGCAUGGACCAUCAGGAAAGGCACCAAGGCUCCACAGGCGGCUGGUAAGAUCCACACAGACUUCGAGAAGGGCUUCAUUAUGGCUGAGGUCAUGAAGUUUUCGGAUUUUAAAGAGGAAGGCAGCGAGCCUGCUGUUAAGGCUGCAGGAAAGUACAGACAGCAAGGAAGGAACUAUGUGGUGGAGGAUGGAGACAUCAUCUUCUUCAAAUUCAACACACCCAAUCAGCCGAAGAAGAAAUGAUGUCAUUUUUAAGCCUGUCAGAGACUGGCUGGACUGUACCAUGUGGAAUGGGGGGUGAGAGUUGUGUUGCAGAUGUGAGGAAUUACCCAUGAGGUUCAUUCACGUUUGGCUUUGGAACAUUCAGUUCAUCCACCCACACACACACUAUCUUACUGUGUGUGUGUGUUUUUUUUUGCCAUUUAUUUCAGCCUCUUGUCUGAUAUCUGAGGUUUAUUUUACGGCUUCACAAUAAAAUGCUGCAUAUCACACAGCAGAAGCAGACACCCAAAGCUUAAUAAACACAAUUCUCCAGACCGGAA